GACAGCGCCCUAGUGGCCGGCCACAUCUGGUACGACGUGCCCUCGGGGCGCAGAGACGGGCGCGUGUCUCUGAGCUCUGAGGUGGUGCAGAACCUCCCUCCUCCGUUCUUCAGUGCGGCCCAGCUCAGAGACAACUUCAACGUGAAGGGCCUGUCGCUCGACGAGAUGGUGACGCUCUCCGGGGCCCACUCCAUCGGGGUCUCCCACUGCUCCUCCUUCGCCCCCCGCCUCUACGCCUUCAACGCCACCUUUGCUCAGGACCCUUCUUUGGACCCCGGAUAUGCCGCCUUUUUGAAGACCAGGUGCCCGCCUCCGGGAAGUAACAAUGAUCCUAUUGUGAACAACGAUGUUGCUACGCCUACAAUUCUCGAUAACAAGUAUUACUCGGGGUUGACGGAGAGGACGGGUCUGCUGACCUCGGAUCAGACGCUGUUCGAGAGCGAGCUGACGAGGCAGCUGGUGGUGGACAAUGUCAAAUAUGGGGCGGUUUGGGGGAAGAAGUUUGGGGCGGCGAUGGUGAAGAUGGGGUAUAUAGAUGUGCUCACUGGGAAUGAGGGGGAGAUUAGGAAUAAUUGCCAUUUUGUUAAUUACUAAUUAGCCUUGUGUUGAUUGAGAUUUGCUGAUUUGCAUGUGGUUUGUUUUGAGUUUUUACUGUGUCGUCAUUUGAUACUUGGUGGCAAACAUUUGUAAGUGUGAAUUGUUGUCAUGUUUGCAUAUUUGAGUAAAUAAAGAAAUUGGUGUGAUUAAAUUUGUUUA